AUGAUAACAGCAUCCGAUCGUCGCGUUAUUUUAACAACAAACGAACGUGAUGCACUUGCGGUUUACGAGGCAACCGGUGGAAUGCUGUGCAUCGCUCUACCGAAAGGCGAGAAACUCGACACA